AUGACUUACACAAGAAGGGAACUGAAAGCCAAAGCAGAAUUUCAGAUGAAUAUAUCAAGCAAAAGUAUAGAAGAUGAGCACCAAAAACGCCAACAUUUAAUCAAGUUCUCCAUAGCAAAAAUUAUGUCAUCAGAAAUACCUCGACGAACCAGAGAUUCAGCUUUCACACGAUAUAUACCUCAAACUAAUAAGCAGAAUACUACACUUAAGAAUAAUGAAAUUUCACAAUAUCCAAUGAUAGCAGCACAAAGUUUAAUAAAAACAAAAGGACAUAUGAUAGAAAGGAUAAUACCUGAUAUCGUGUCCGAUGGCAGCAAUCGUUUAAUGCUGUGUCAAGCAGUUUCAGAAAAAAUGUUCAGAAAUGAUGCACCAGCAACUCAACAAAGAAACGAAAAUAUUAAUAGAGGAAAAAUAUUCACAUGUCCUGCGUGUGGGAAAACAUUUAAUGCCCAUUAUAACCUAACUCGUCAUAUGCCGGUGCAUACGGGAGCCAGGCCUUUCUUGUGUAAGGUUUGUGGAAAAGGUUUCCGCCAAGCAUCUACCUUAUGCCGACACAAAAUCAUUCACACCUCCGAGAAGCCCCAUAAAUGUUCGACCUGCGGCAAGGCCUUCAAUCGUUCCUCUACUCUCAAUACCCACAUGCGAAUCCACAUCGGAUUUAAACCAUUUGUCUGUGAAUAUUGUGGAAAAGAUUUCCACCAGAAAGGAAAUUAUAAAAAUCAUCGCCUUACCCACGGAGGAGAAAAGGCUUAUAAAUGUAGUGUUUGUGAUAAGGCCUUUCAUCAACUUUAUAAUUUAACAUUUCACAUGCACACACAUCAAGAGAAAAAACCUUUUGCAUGCCAAUAUUGCGCAAAAGGAUUUUGCAGAAAUUUUGAUUUGAAAAAACAUGUUCGUAAACUGCAUGAUGAGUUCUGA